AUGGGGAAGAAUAAAAGGCGUAAAAGCAGUUCAAGUGAUUCAACCAGCUCGUCAACAAGUAGUAACUGUGCUGGACGCUAUAAAAGAACAACUAGAGAGUUCAUGAAAACCGAUAAAACUCGAGAUAGUAGCGAUUUGACAAAAAAGGACAAAAAUAACGAAAGAAAUGUUCAAGACGGUCUUCCAGUAAAAGCUCUUCAAGCACCUGGGUUGAGAAGUUCAACUCCUCCUUAUGUUGUUUUGGAACGUCUCCAGUCUAAGCAAGCGCAACAACGAGCAGGUUUAGUUAAGUCUAUGGAAAGACUCGCAGCGGCGGUUUACGGCGACGAUCCCCCAAGUCCAGAGGACGCCACGAUGUGGGAUGUUAUCGACGCCGCCGCCGACUGCGAAUGUCCCGGUCCACCCCCGGAAUUCCUACUGCCACCACCCCCACGGCCCCCUUCCUUGCAACCGGCAGAUCCUAUGUUCUGCACCGAUGAUCCCCUGACCGUCGAGACGUGUGACGCACUUCCGGCAGUGUCGAAUUUUACGAUCGAAAUGUAUAUUAAAAUUCGUCUUAAAACUUCAUUAAUACGAAAGCAAAAAGGCCUCAAAAAAAGAAGCGAAAAAGGCAGAAAAGGCGCCAAAGAGGCUGAACACAAAGCAACCAACCCUAGCGAAGCCUCUGCUUCAACCACCGAAGAAGUUGAUGUCUCCAAAGGCAAAUACGAACGGCAAAAUGUUUGGGUAAGAGCCAGGCUCCAUACGAGCCGUGCCAGAGGCAAACAAUGCCUCAUCAUACUAAGACAACAAGAGUUUACUGUCCAAGCACUCAUAAAUGUAUCUGAAACUGUCUGCAAAGCUAUGGUCAAGUUUUCCAGCAAUGUAUCAAAAGAAAGUAUCAUCGAUGUAGCUAAAGUGCCUUUAGCUGUAGCUGGUUGCAGCCAAAGCGACGUGGAUUUUGUGGCUUCUGAGCUGUGGGUGGUUUCGGCUUCGAUGCCCCAGUUGCCUUUGCAGUCCAUUCGGCCAGAAAAACCUGGAUUCUUUGAACAUCAAAGUCAACCGAGACACUAUAGAUUGGACAAGGCAAUAUUAAUAAAUCGAAAGAACAAAAAAACACAUGAACUUGGACAGCUUAUCAGCAAAGGGAUCCCAUCUAAUUUAAAUAAUUCUAUUUUUUAUGUGAUGGAUUGCAACGAGAACAACUGUCCCAACUGUAAACAAACAGUUGGCGAAGGCCAAUGCUAUAAGUGCGAUUUAUGUAUACCGGAAAUCCAUAAAAACUGUGCAGCCCUAUCGGGUUCAGAAAUAAAAUGUAUGCCGCUCCAAAAGAGAUUACUGGUUUUACUAUGCCAUGAAUAUAAAGGGAUGCUGGCCAGAACACCACUUAUGCUUCAGCUAUUGGAAGGUAUGAAAAAUGAAUUAAGCAGUUUAAGAAAAGAAAUAAACGAGUUAAGAAAUCAAACAGGUGUUAAAAAUAGCAUGAUAGGAAGAAUCCAAUCGAAAACAUUUGUAGAAGCUUUAAAAAGCAGAGGUGAAAGAAUGAAUGCACAAAUUAAAGCACAAUCCCCAUCUUUAAUUAUUAAACCUAAACGAAAACAAAAUUCUGAAAAAACGAAAAAUGACUUAAAAGAAAAAAUACAACCAAACCUACUGAAAAUUGGAAUUAAAAACAUGAGAGAAACAAAACGGGGGUGUGUUGUUGUCAAGUGCACAGAGAAGAAUGAUAUUGAAAAGUUAAAACAAGCCGCAGAAAAUAGCCUUGGGGGCGGUUAUGAUAUUGAGCUACCCAAAUUGAAUUCACCCAGAAUGAUAAUUGUGGGUUACAACGGUGAUCUGGAUCAAAAUGAAUUGGAGCAUACAAUAAGACAGCAAAAUGAAUGGAUAGAAGAUGGCGAGGAGUUAACAAUAAAUUUCAUCAAGAAGGUAACAUUCAAGGGAACAUCAACUAUAUUUUUUGAAUGCUCACCAAAGUUAUAUUGGAAAAUGUUGAACCAGAAGAAAGUCUCUAUUGGAUAG